AUGACGAGGACUAUUUGUUCCCUGAUCUUCACGCCAAAAGUGUUGAAGCUGAGAUACCGAAGCCGUGAGUGCCGAAGCCAUUUAGGCAAAGGUAGUCAUGUCCCUGUAAGUGAUGAUGAGUGGAAAAGACGCCUCACACCAGAACAAUUCUACAUCACCCGCCAAAAGGGCACUGAGAGGGCUUUUACCGGGGAAUACUGGAACACUAAAUCUCCCGGAAUAUACCAUUGUGUUUGCUGUGACACACCGCUGUUUGAAUCAAAAACAAAAUUUGACAGUGGAACAGGAUGGCCUUCCUACUAUGAACCAAUUGGGAACAAUGUGAAAUCAAAACUGGAUGCAUCGAUUAUUUUCAUGCCGAGAACUGAGGUCCUUUGUGAAGUAUGUGACGCCCAUCUUGGCCAUGUCUUUGAUGACGGACCACCACCCACCGGAAAGCGAUAUUGCAUAAAUAGUGCAUCGCUUAAGCUGACUCCACAAUAGCUGCAUCUAUAUGAAGGUGAAAGCUUUCUCGAACUAAUGGCUUAUAUCAUCAACAUACAGGUUGAAUUUAUGUAGAGGAAGAAAACUUCUCAAUAUGUGUAUGGGUGGUGUUACUGGUGUUAACUAUUUCAUGAUGUUUCAAAACUGGUUUGCAGCAAGUGUUUAUCA